AUGCUGAAGAAUACAAAGUCCGAUUUGUAUUCAUUGUUCGUGAAAACUCCCACGAAUAUUUAUGAUCCUGAGAAGGCGUUUUUUGUUCUGCAUGGAGGAUUACUGAUCCACAAAGUCAAGUGGACUAACGGACAAAAAUUCUCGGCGAUGAUGGACAAUUACAAAAACUAUAUUUUGAAACAUUUUGGCAAACGCGUGAUAGUUAUUUUUGACGGUUACCAAACCGUCAGUACUAAAGUAGACGCCAUUCAACAACAUCUAAAGAGGGUCUAUUUUCAAGUACAACAAUGGCUGCACGGAGACCAGCUGACCAUGGACCCAACAAAAUGGGGGUGGAGAAAGGAAGGCGACACACUAGUGCCUGUACAGAUGGAAGAAAAACCUGCGCCCAAGAAUAUUAUGGAACUAAUAUUAUGUGGAUGCAAAGGAGAUUGCAAACUGAACAACUGUAGUUGUAGGAAGCACGGCCUAUCUUGCAAUCUUGCCUGUAAAAUUUGUGAAGGUUCAACUUGCCUUAACAUUGAAAGAUAUUCAGAUGAAAACGUUAAUGUGCCAGAGACAGAGGCCUCAGAUGAGCGAGAUGUUCCACGUAUGAAAACAUCAGUCGAUGACGAAGAAAAUGACCAGACACAUUUGAGUUAUUAA